UCAAUAAUUAAAUAUUUACAAGUGUGCCUGUGAAAAACUAAUGAAAUUUCUGUCUUCAGAAAAAUAGAGAACUAGUGGAAGCGUGAGCUGAUCUGUGUCAGGCAUUGCUAAUCUUUCAGCACUUUGCCAGGAGUUUAAGAUCAGACGAGCCUCUGGAAAAUACCCAUAGUUUUACGCAUGGCUUCGGCUUUUCUCUCCAGCUCGGCCUAAACUUUAACUGAUGAUUUCAUGUUUGCAAGAAAAUACUAUGGCUGUGACAUGUUUAAUUCAACUUAUUCUGUUCUUGAUUAAUUUUCCUUUCUUCCUCUACGCAGUUGCAACUGAAUAUUCCUCGGCUGAACUUCCAAGCACCUGGAUAAACAAUGAUUUCAUAUUAAGAGGAAGUGUAGACUUUGCUGAUGGUUCAACUAUUAGAUCUGUACUUCUCAAUACCAGCAAAUCAGCAAAUUUCCCAGCUUUCGGGUGUGGUUUUUACGGUAGUAGAACCACGAAUGCCUUCUAUUUUGCUGUUUUUGCUGUCAAAGCAACAAGUGAUUCUGCAAUUAUUCCGUCAGGUUCCCCACAAAUACUUUGGAUAGCCAACAGAGACAAUCCUGUCAAGGAGAAUGCCACACUUGAGUUCAGGGAAGAUGGAAAUUUGGUGCUAUCUGAUGCGGAUGGUAUGUUUGUAUGGUCCUCGAAUACAUCAAACAUGUUAAUUAGUUAUAUGAAAAUAACUGGAAAUGGGACUCUUAUGCUUGAUUAUUCCGAAUCGGGUUCUUCUAGCACUCCCAUUUGGCAAUCUUUGGAUUACCCCAUAGAUACAUGGCUCCCGAAUCAAAGAAUACGGCAAGGGCAAAAGCUGAUGGCCAGUUUCUCUGCAUCAAAUUGGACGACGGGUCAGUUUUACUUGUCCUUUGCAAAUGACAAUCUAUAUGUUUUUUUUCAGUCUAGUCCCCCAAAAAUAUACCAUGAAGUCUUUGCUGAAGGUGAAGAAUCUAAGCAAUUUAGGACUGGAAGGCUUGAACUUGAACAUACAAGAAGGACAAUUGCAGCAAGUUACACUUCUGACACAGAAAAUUUUCAGUUUCUGAGGUUAGAUACAGAUGGUCAUUUGAGAGCCUACCAAUGGGUUCAAGGAAAUGCAUCGGAAGUUGCUGACAUCUUGACAGACAAGCUUGGCAUAUGUGCAUAUCCAACUGUUUGUGGAGACUAUGGGAUAUGCUCAAACGAACGAUGUAGUUGUCCUGUAGGAAAUUAUUUCAAGGAAUUGAAUUCCAGUACUGGAUGCAGCAGAGUCACCCCCCUGUCCUGCCAAUCUAGUCAUCUUCACUCAUUUAUAGAGCUUCCUAACGUUUCUUAUUUUGGUAUUGAGGCAGCUAUUCUCGAUACAGACAUUGAGAGUUGCAAAAAAGCUUGUUUAAGGAACUGUUCUUGCCAAGCAGCUUUGUUUCACUACAAUUCUAAUAACUUGAGUGGCAACUGUUCCUUACCAUCUCAUGUUUUUUCAUUGAUGAGCACUUCACCUGUAUUAUUUCCUUACAACUCUACGUCCUUCAUAAAGGUGCAGAAAUCAACAUCGGUUCCAUCAAGCCCUCUAUCACUAAGUCCACCAUUGGCAAAAAAGAAAUCAAUUCGGAUUGAAUUAAUCAUUGUACCUGUAGUUGCAGCUCUGACAUUCACAUGUAUCCUAAUUUGGGCAUGUGUUCGCAUCCUAAGAAAGAGGGGGUCUAUGAGGGAAGAAGGAAGGAAGAAAACUGAAGAUGACUGGGAGAAGUCAUUGAAUCUUGCAACAAAUUUGCCAACAAGAUUCAAUUAUGAAGAUCUCAAGUCUGCAACAGAAAAUUUCAAUAAAAGGAUUGGGGGAGGAGGAUUUGGAUCAGUGUUUGAAGGGACUUUGCGUGAUGGUACAAAAAUUGCAGUAAAGCGCUUGGAUCGUGUAGGUCAAGGUAGGAAAGAGUUUUUAGCGGAGGUGAAGACGAUGGGCAGCAUACAUCAUGUCAACUUGGUGAGAUUAAUAGGCUUUUGUGUUGAAAAUUCAAACAGGCUGUUGGUUUAUGAGCAUAUGACUAAUGGUUCUUUGGAUAAGUGGAUCUUCAACAAAAUCUCAACUACAACACUUGAAUGGGAAAUCAGGAAGAAGAUCAUCCUUGAUAUUGCCAAGGGACUAGCAUAUCUUCAUGAGGAUUGUCGAAUGAGAAUAGCUCAUUUAGAUGUUAAGCCUGAAAACAUUCUCCUAGAUGACAGCUUUAAUGCAAAGUUAUCAGAUUUUGGUUUGGCAAGGCCAAUUGACAGAAGCCAAAGCCACGUUUUAACUCAAAUGCGAGGAACAAGAGGAUAUCUAGCCCCUGAAUGGCUAAGCAGAAGGAUAACAGAAAAGGUAGAUGUGUACAGCUUUGGUGUUGUCAUAUUGGAAGUUGUUUGUGGGAGAAGAAAUCUGGAUUUCUCUCGGCCUGAUGAAGAUGACUAUUUACUUUUGCCCAUACUGAAACAAAAGGCAGAACAAAAUCAGCUUUUCGACAUGGUCGAUCAUUGUAUUGAAGGCAUUCAGCAAAAUGCAGAAGAAGCUGUCAAGACGUUAAGGAUUGCCAUUUGGUGCCUGCAAAGUGAUUAUAACAGAAGGCCUUCAAUGUCCAUGGUAUGCAAGGUUUUGGAAGGUCUACUGACCAUGGAACCUGUUUCUGAUUAUAGCUUUUUGACAUCAACGGUAGUUGAAGCUCCAGCAGAAGUUAUCAUGGUACCUUCAAGUCCACAGCCAGAAUCUGUUCUGUCAGGACCCAGGUGACAGAAAAGCUACAAUGCUCUAAGCAGGAAAAAAAAUGAUCUAGACCUAGGCUUAAUCAAUAUUGUUUCUUUGUUUUUCUUUUUUUUCUCCUCCCUAAUGAGCUAAGUUGCUAUUCUGUAUUCAUCCAAUCAUUCUCAAAUUUAUACAAAUAACAA